AUGUGUGUUCUUUGUGCUUUGUUACAGUUCCUCGGAAGAAAGAUAAGGCACAAGGCACGCCGCAAGAGGAAGUCUUAUACACGUACUAACCUCCAGGCGAAAUCCUGGAGCCAAACACUAUUUGUCAUGUGUAUCUUUUCAAUGACUUGCAUAUCGUUUGACCUGUUUGUUCCGUUCGACAUUCUGUUCGUUUCGACGAUCAAUGGCGACAUUGCAGCGGUUGAUGCAGCAACUGGGGCCCUACGAUGGUCAGUGAAAGAGACACCGAUAGUUCGUUCAACGUUCCCUACGGAGUCGCAUUUUACGUUUCUUCCGAACCCGCAAGACGGGUCUCUUUAUACGUUGACCGAAGAUGGACUUAAAAAGUUACCUUUCAGCAUCCCUGCACUGGUACACGCAGCACCUUGCCGGUCAAAGGAAGGCAUUCUGUAUGCCGGUAAGAAAGAGGAUACAUGGUUUGGCAUCGACCCAAAAACUGGGAACAUAACUGAAACGCUCAACUUUUCACCUCGCGACGCACUCUGCCCAGCUCCUAGUGAUGCCGUGCAAUACAUAGGUAAAACUGAGUAUCACAUCGCAUUGGCAGAUGUCCACAAUGUCUCAAAUAGGUGGAACGCGACAUAUGUCGAGUAUUCGUCCUAUAAUUGGCGUGACAAGUCUGAAGCUGAUACGAGAUACUUUUCUUCAUGUUCCGAUGGACUAGAUACUUUAGGCAAAAUAUGUUGGCACAGAAACUUCAGUUCUACUGUGGUAGCUGUUUACGAACUUGGCACAGAAGGAUUGAAAAAAAUGCGAAUGAAUGUCCUCGGUCGAAAAACGCUCUAUAAUAUUUUGUUCAACAGUCUUGCUCAACCAGCGAACAGCAGGUUUUUCGUUCCUUCUGAACGAGCUGAAAAAAACAAAGAAUCUGUGCUACCAGAUCUCGUGCUCUCGUCAAGGUUCUUCCUGUCCCUUUCUCGCAACUCUGCCGAUGAUGGUGUCUUCACUCGCAUUGGCAAAAUUUUAGUGAAUUCAUCCGAAAUCAUUGGUCGAGGAUCGGACGGAACCGUCAUUUUUGCCGGAAAAUUUGACAGCCGCAAUAUUGCAGUUAAACGCAUUGUGCUGGACUACGUGAAACUCGCGGAUCGCGAAGUGAAUGCUCUGCGGGAAACUGACACGCAUCCAAACGUUAUACGAUAUUUCUGUAUGGAAGCGGAUAGACAGUUCUGUUAUAUUGCUCUUGAACUUUGCUGUUUUACAUUGGAAGAGUUCGUGGAAAACAAAAACAUGCCAAUGUCCUGCACUCUGAAUGUUCUCCACGCUCUUUACGAGACAACUUCUGGUUUGGCAUGGCUUCAUGAUUUUGGCAUGGUACAUCGUGAUAUAAAGCCGAGCAAUGUUCUGUUCUCUGCGCCGGAUAAGACAGGUUCAGUUAGAGCGAAAAUUUCUGACUUCGGGCUGUGCAAAAAGGUUUCUCAGGCGUCGGUUACGCAAUCAGGAUUCGCAGGAACACUUGGAUGGACUGCUCCGGAGAUGAUGCAGGAUCAAGAGGCUGUAACUUUCGCAGCUGAUGUGUUUUCUCUUGGCUGCCUGUUUUACUACGCUCUUUCUGGUGGUUUGCAUGCGUUUGGUGACUCUAAUCAUCGGCAGGUCAACAUCAUCAUCGGUCAUGACGAAAUCGAUGACACGUAUACUUUGACUGAACUCUACAAACUAACUUUUUUAUGUGCAGAAAGUCGAUGUUUGAUAAAACAAAUGGUGUCCCACAGUCGUACUUCGAGGCCGUCCGCGAAAGAAAUUCUCAAACAUCCUGUCUUUUGGACCAGCGAGAAACGGCUUCAGUUUCUUCAGGAUGUUAGUGAUCGAAUCGAAAAUGAGGAUAUUUUCAGUCCAGUUGUAAGGAAUCUCGAACGGGGAUCUUCGGUUGUCACUGCUAACGACUGGAGAUUACAGUUGUGUCCUGCUCUACAAGAGGAUCUUCGCAAAUUUCGGACGUAUCGUGGACGAAGUCUUCGAGAUCUUCUACGAGCCAUCCGCAACAAACGUCAUCAUUAUCAAGAACUACCUGAAGAGCUUCGUACCGCCAUCGGUUCGAUUCCUGACGAUUUCAUCGCUUAUUUCACUGAUCGAUUUCCAAACCUCAUCAUGCACGUCUACGGGGCGAUGAGCAUCUGCAAGACAGAUUCGAUUCUGGCCAGGUACUACUGA